CUCCUCCUGCCCGCGGGCAGCCCCGAGAGGAUUCCCAGUCCUGCCCGCCGUGUUUCGGCCCCUCUCACUGGGCCCACAGCCCGGCCCACCACCGUGCUGCCGGGUCGCGAUCACCCCUCCCGGCCCCGCCCAGCCCCGUGCCCCGCCAUCCACAAACCCUUCCCACCCCCAGAGAACCGCGCGCUGCGCCUGGUGGACGGUGGCGGCCCCUGCGCCGGCCGCGUGGAGAUGCUGGAGCGCGGCCAGUGGGGGUCCGUGUGCGAUGACACGUGGGACCUGGAGGACGCCCACGUCGUGUGCCGGCAACUGAGCUGCGGCUGGGCAGUCCAGGCCCUGCCCGGCUUGCACUUCGCGCCCGGCCGAGGGCCCAUCCACCGGGACCAGGUGAACUGCUCCGGGACCGAGGCCUACCUGUGGGACUGCCCGGGGCUGCCGGGAGACCACUACUGCGGCCACAAGGAGGACGCGGGCGUGGUGUGCUCAGAGCACCAGUCCUGGCGCCUGACCGGGGGCGCGGACCCCUGCGAAGGACAGGUGGAGGUGUACUUCCGAGGGCUAUGGAGCACCGUCUGUGACAGCGAGUGGUACCCGCCGGAGGCCGACGUGCUCUGCCGGGCCUUGGGCUGUGGGACCGUGGUCGAACGACCCAAGGGUCUGCCCCACUCGCUGUCGGGCAGGAUGUACUACUCCUGCACCGGAGCGGAGCCCACACUUGCCAACUGCUCCUGGCGGUUCAACAACUCCAACCUCUGCAGCCAGUCGCUGGCAGCCAGGGUCCUCUGCUCAGGUUCCCGGAGUCUGCACAAUCUGUCCACCGAAGUCCCUGCAAGUGUCCAGUCGGUCACUCUAGAAUCUUCUGUGACUGUGAAAAUGGAAGACAAGGAAUCUUGGGAGCUAAUGCUCCUCAUCCUCUGCAUCAUUCUGGGAAUUCUCCUCCUUGCCUCACUCAUCUCCAUAGUCUUCAUCCUCUUGAGAGUUAAAGGAAAAUAUGUUCCCAAGCUGCCCAUCCAGGCCCAGGCCCCACCCCCCAAGGACUCGGACUCCAGCUCGGACUCAGACUAUGAGCACUAUGACUUCAGCGCCCAGCCUCCUGUGGCCCUGACCACCUUCUACAAUUCCCAGCGGCACCGGGUCACGGAUGAGGAGGUCCAGCAGAGCAGGUUCCAGAUGCCGCCCUUGGAGGAAGGACUUGAAGAGCUGCAUACCUCCCACGUGCCAGCUGCCAUCCCCGGACACUGCGUUGCAGAGCCCCUCCCCCUAGGCCCUCAGCACCACCCAAGGAGCAGCAGUGGGUCCAGCACAUCUUCCGGGGAGGAUUACUGCAAUAGCCCCCACAGCAAGCCCCCUCCAUGGAACCCCCCUGGGUUUUCUUCAGAGAGGAGGCCAUUCCUGGAACAGCCCCUGAACCUGGAGCUGGCUGGCUCCCGGACAACCUUUCCAGGGUCCCACAGUCCCCAGCCCGACUCCACCGACAAUGAUGACUAUGAUGACAUCGGAGCAGCCUAG